UCCCUCCACGGCAAUUUCAUUUUUAAAAUACCUUUCCGCCAUUUUGCUUUGAAAUAAUUGUACUCCUCUCAACCAAUCAGCAUCCAGUAAUUUUGUCAUGCAUAGUAAUUUUGUCAAUAAUAAAUGAAAUAAUUGCGCACCCCUCUUAACCAAUCAGAUUGCAGCAAUUUUGUCAUGUAUAUAAUAAGUGGACUAAUAGACAUUUUCCAAGGGGACAUUGACUAAUAACUUUGGAUGAAAAUUGAAUGUGAAAUUAGCAAAAGUUUGUCUUUCCUUGCCAUGCAGAGUAAAACUGCGUGAUCCAUGUACGCAGUCUCAGUGUCCACUCCAGUUAAUUAAUAUUGAAGGGUUUAGGAAUAUAAUUGUUUUAAAAGCUUUCGCUGUAGAUUUUUGAAAAGUCGUAACGGACUGGACAUUAUUUUACAGCUCUCUACAAAACGGCGUCUACCAUCUACAAUCAAAGGCUUCCACAGAAAAAUAUCCAGUCUAUUGUCACAUGACUGAGAUUCCCGGAUGUGGGACAGGAGGCUGGACACUAGUGAUGAAAACUAACGGUGAUUUGGUAAGACAAAAAGAAAUUUUUAGUUUGCCGUUGUAGAAAAACGAGUGAUCUAUAGAAGUGACCUAACUCCCACGUCUUCAAAGGUCAGUUGUGUUUUGGAUAUAUAAAUGUUUUUAACAUGGCAAUGUUAUUUGUGAAAAAGAUAUUUGACAACUCGAAUUUGAGAUGCUGCUGCUCCGAGUGUCUCCACAACGAGCAAGCUAAAAAAUGUCUUGAUCAAGGUGCUGUUGAUCAAGAUCUACUCGGAUGUCUUUACUUAGAUAAUUAAAAUCAGAAACUGGUUGAUAGUCGAAUCUCAUGUUUCCCCAUCCCGUCUUCACUCUUGGUAAACUUAACUUGUACUCUAUUUCUUAAUUAAACAGAGCACAUUUACAUAUGAUUCUCUUUACUGGACGAACAAAGAAACUUAUGCAGUUGAAGAUGGACUUGAAGGACUAACAGAGAAGGAAAGUAAACUGGCCUCUUAUUGGAACACUCCUUUUAGGAAAAUAUGUCUUGGUAUGACUGUUAAUGUUGACAGAAAAUGGACGAUAUUAGAUUACGAAGCAAGUUCGCUGUACAGUGUGAUCGCAGACGGACAAUACCGAAGCACAACAGCAGGACGACCUGCAUGGAAGUCUCUGAUCGCGGGCUCGUCUUUACAAUCAAACUGCAAUGAAGAAGGUUUCAGCAUUGCAUAUGAUCCAUUCAAAGUACGUAUUGGAUAUUACGCAAAUAACGAACACCGUUGCACAUGGGCAGAUUCAUGUAUUGGAUUUGGUAUUACUUACACUGCUUGUCACAUGACAUCUCACAUUACAUGUGGUAAUAUUGCGCAGUGUAGUGGUAAUGAUAAUGGCCAUAAACUGACUGCCGCAUUUGGAUAUAUUUUAGUUCAGUAA